AUGAUGAUGACGCUAUGGAUAUCGAAAAAUAAAAAUGUUUUCGUUUGUAUUAACAUUAUACAUAUAUUUUCUCACACAAUUGCGAAGCACAGUCAAUCAGUAUCGAUGCAAACGACGAAAAUUAUUUUGGCCAUAGUAUUGGCCGUAUGCUUAAUCUCCAUGCUGGAUGCGAAAUCAAGCCAGCACACUUCAAAUGAUUUGUUCCGGGAACGACUGGUGAACUUCUUACUGGAAGCUAAACGACGUGGCCUGUUAAAUGAUCAAUCACUCGAAUCUCAAGAGUCACAAGAACAUGAAAAACGUACAUCACACAGUCUAAAUAAUAAAGAAACCAAUCAACGAGGAUUCAUUCGUCGUAAAUUCGUUGGAUUAUCUGAUGAUCCAUUUUAA